CGCGCGCCAGGGAGGGCAGCGGGAGCUGAAGCUAGUUGCAGCUUUUUUGCAAGCUGGGCGGAAGCAGGCCCGGCGGGCUGGACGGCGGGAGAGCGGGACGAGUUUUUAAAGCAUUCUGCCAUCUCCCCUCCCUGUUGGGUUGCCCAGCCAUGGCCAGACCACCCACCCCGGGCUCAGUGAUUGUCCAAGACUGGCACGAGAGCGCUGAGGGCAAGGAGUACCUGGCCUGCAUCCUGCGCAAGAACCGCCGGCGUGUGUUUGGGCUGCUCGAGCGACCAGUGCUGCCCCCUCCUGUGGCCGUUGACACUGCCAGCUACAAGAUCUUUGUGUCUGGGAAGAGUGGCGUGGGCAAGACAGCACUGGUAGCCAAGCUGGCUGGCUUGGAGGUGCCCGUGGUGCAUCAUGAAACAACUGGCAUCCAGACCACCGUGGUAUUUUGGCCGGCCAAGCUGCAGGCCAGCAACCGUGUCAUCAUGUUCCGCUUUGAGUUCUGGGACUGCGGGGAGUCUGCGCUCAAAAAGUUCGAUCACAUGCUGCCGGCCUGCAAGGAGAAAGCAGAUGCUUUCCUCUUCCUCUUCUCCUUCACUGACCGAGCCUCCUUUGAAGACCUCCCUGGACAGCUGGCCCGAGUAGCAGGCGAGGCCCCUGGUGUGGUCAGGAUGGUCAUCGGCUCCAAAUUUGACCAGUAUAUGCACACGGACGUGGCUGAGCGUGACCUCACAGCCUUCAGGCAGGCCUGGGAGCUGCCCCUCCUGCGAGUGAAGAGUGUGCCAGGGCGGCGACUGGCAGAUGGACGCACACUGGAUGGGCGGGCUGGGCUGGCCGACGUUGCCCACGUGCUCAAUGGCCUGGCAGAGCAGCUGUGGCACCAGGACCAGGUGGCCGCCGGCCUGCUCCCCAGUUCACCAGAGGACACCCCCAGCUGAGGGGUGGUGGCAUCAUGAGCAGAUACUCCCGACCCUCAGUUGACCCAGGACAGGACCCAGGGCCUAAGGCUGGGACAGGAAUAUCGGUGUCAUCCUGAGGACUGGCCAGAGGGGCCUGGUCAGGGAGGAUGGUGGCCUGAGAAGGCUCUGCCCCAGCAGCACUUUCCCGUGGCGUUCGUGGCAGUGGUGGGCAGGGCUGAGGGCAUCAGGUGUCCUCUGGCCUUCUCCCUCCACCCUAGGAGUCUGGGCUUCUGGAAACUGAGGAACUGUGUGGGCAGGGCCGGAGGGCUCAGGUGUCUGCCCCCGCCUCCUGCUGCCCUUCCCCUUCUGCAGCAGCCAUGGAGGGUGACUGGGGAGUGGGGGCCUCAACUGGGCCCUGGACCACAAGUGACUUCCAUCAGAAGCCUGUAUUAGUUGAGGUAACACCAUCUGCUGUACCAGAUAAACCCUGAACUCUCA